AUGGGAGACGAAUCUGAAAAGAGGUUUCAAGCAGUAAUGGAUAAGCUGUUUCAAGCUACACCCAAAUCCAAACCUAAUACUGGCGACACCAGUACCUAUGGAGUUCAAUCAAUGAGAGGCAAGAAACGCAUGAAUUCAUCAUCUCCAUUCACGUUAACCGAUCUGAAAUUGAAAGGCAAUGUGUGUGAGGAAUUGCAAAACUCAGCUUCAGGUUCAGCUGAAUCAGCUCAGGCUCCACGGUGCAGGCCAUGGGAUCGUGGUGAUUUGUUAAGGAGGUUGGCUACUUUCAAGUCCAUGACGUGGUUCGCCAGGCCACAGGUGGUGAGUCCUGUGAAUUGUGCUCGGAGGGGUUGGAUUAAUGUUGAUAUCGACACCAUUGCCUGUGAAUCAUGUGGGGCACGUCUCCUUUUUUCUACUCCUUCAGCUUGGGCACAGCAACAAGUUGAAAAAGCAGCUAUGGUAUUUAGCUUGAAGCUGGAAACUGGGCAUAAACUACUUUGCCCAUGGCUUAACAAUUCAUGCAGCGAAGAACUUGCACAGUUUCCACCUACACCAAGGGCUGUAUUGGUUGAGGAUUACAAGGAACGCUGUUCUUCUUUAUUUCAGCUUUCAGCUCUUCCAGUGAUUUCGCCUGUAGCAGUUGAUAAUAUGAGAAGCCCUCAACUGGAGAUAUUCCUAAGAGAAUUUUCAUCUGAUGAGUGUCAUGUAUCUGCUGAGACAUCUUGGACAGAAAACCUCGGAAACAAACCUGACUCAGUUUCUUGCAUCUUAUAUUAUCAGGCACUGAAGCUUAUAAGUUUAUGUGGCUGGGAACCUCAUAUAUUACCUUAUAUAGUUGACUGCAAGGGCGGACAAAACCAAUCUAUCAAAGAUGCCAAUUUUGCUACGUCUAACAGACAAAAUCAAAGAAUUAGUGUUUAUUCUUUGUGUACUGAUGGCAAUGUGAAGGCAAAUGACGACAGUGAGGCUUCUGGUACCUUGCAGCUUGAUCCUAAUUCUGUUGUUCUGGAUUGCAAGCUGUGUGGAGCUAGUGUUGGAUUGUGGGCUUUCUCUACAGUCCCACGCCCUGUAGAAUACUUAAAAUUAGUAGGAUUUACUGAAGUUAAUGGUAGAAAUGACUCUGCCCAUGAGGAGAGCAGUGAACCUGGAAGUUCUUUGGGCAGUGAGAUUAAUACUGAAAGUAGGGAGGGUGCAGUAAAUGCCGUUACAACUGUCUCCACAUCACUAAAUCAAAGAUCGCAAAACUUAAGUUUCACGAUUGCUGGUGGCCCUCCACCAACAAAGCAGAAUUAUAGAGCAAUGAUAUCUUUGCCUGUCAUUGGACAGAGUUUAAGGGCAAGAAUUUCAGCUGAGUCUGUGCAUGAAGAUCAUGUAAUUGAUAAGAGUUUGUUGCAACCGGGAGCAAACCAAGAUAUGUCAACAGUGGAUAAAAAUAUCGACAAGGAAACUUCUUUAACAAGUAAACCUGAUUUGAUCCCAGAAAACUCAUUAAUAUUACCUCAAACUGUUGCAGAAGUUGCCGUUGUAGAUGAAAACUUGCCAAAUAAUGGAACCGUGAGCUAUUCAGCAGUUGGUGAUGAUAGGCUUCAUGCAGGAGAAUUUUCUUGCUCAGCCCCAGAGGAUAAUAUUGCAAGUAGAAAUGGUGAAGCUGGUGAGACUAAUGGAGAAAUGCUGGCUGAAGACAGUGAACUAGUGCCAAUCGUGCAGCCUGUAAAACAUAAAAGUGCUUCCUGUAGCACAAGUGAAUAUCAAGAACUGCCAUCAUUUGACAAAGCAAUGGAGUUCAAUCCAAUCAAGCAGCAUAGGCAUUUUUGCCCCUGGAUUAUGUCAAGUGGAAAUUCUGUUCCUGGAUGGGUACAAACACUAUCUGCUUUACAAGGUCACUCCUUGUGCAACAAUGCAACUUCAUCUUCCUCGUUUCAGGUGGAUGAUCCAGUUGCUUCUGUGAAAAAGCUUUUCACACCUCGCACUGCUAAAAGAACCAAAUUUGCUAGUACAAGUUAA